CCCCCCCCCCCCCGUCCUUUUCUUCCUGAUCAUCUCCUCCCUGGUCUCUUGGAGUGCUUGCUCAUUUUCUCCUUUUCUUUCCUCUCUUCUCCUAUUCAAUCCUCCUUUAUUCACCAUGUUGUCCACCCUCAGAAUCGCCAGCCGUAAGGCUGCUACCCGUGACGCUAGUGUGCGCACCGUUAUUGUCGGCGCCAGACACGCCUCCGCCUGGUCCAACGUGCCUCAGGGUCCUCCCGAUGCUAUCCUGGGUAUCACCGAGGCCUACAAGGCCGACACCUUCCAGGAGAAGAUCAACCUGGGUGUCGGUGCUUACCGUGAUGACAAGGGCAAGCCCUACGUCCUGCCUUCCGUCCGUGCUGCGGAGGACAAGGUUGUCGCCUCCGGCUACGACAAGGAAUACGCUGGUAUCACCGGUAUCCCUGCCUUCACCAAGGCUGCUGCUGAGCUGGCCUACGGUUCCGACUCCGCCGUCCUCAAGGAGGACCGUCUCGUCAUCACCCAGACCAUCUCCGGUACCGGUGCUCUGAGAAUCGGUGGUGCUUUCCUGCAGCGCUUCUACCCUCACGCGAAGAAGGUCUACCUUCCCACCCCCAGCUGGGCCAACCACGCCGCUGUCUUCAAGGACUCUGGUCUGGAGGUCGGACAGUACCGCUACUAUAACAAGGACACCAUUGGCCUCGACUUCGAGGGCCUGCUGGCCGACAUCAAGGCUGCUCCCGAGAACAGCAUCAUCCUUCUCCACGCCUGCGCUCACAACCCCACCGGUGUCGACCCCACCCAGGACCAAUGGCGCCAGAUCAGCGACGUCAUGAAGCAGAAGGGUCACUUUGCCUUCUUCGACAUGGCCUACCAGGGCUUUGCCAGUGGUAACGCUGACCAGGAUGCUUUUGCUCCCCGUCACUUUGUGAAGGAGGGCCACAACAUUGCUCUCUGCCAGAGUUUCGCCAAGAACAUGGUAAGACAGACGCUGGAUUGGUAUGGUCUGUACGGCGAGCGUGUCGGUGCCUUUUCUCUCGUCUGCGAGUCCGCCGAGGAGAAGAAGCGUGUGGAUUCUCAGAUCAAGAUCCUCAUCCGUCCCUUCUACUCCAACCCUCCCAUCCACGGUGCCCGCAUCGCCUCGACCAUCAUGAACGACGCCAAGCUCAACGAGCAAUGGCUGGGUGAGGUCAAGGGCAUGGCCGACCGCAUCAUCGAGAUGCGUGCUCUCCUCCGCAAGAACCUGGAGGAGCUUGGCAGCAAGCACGACUGGUCUCACAUCACCAGCCAGAUCGGCAUGUUCGCCUACACUGGUCUCAAGCCCGAGCAGAUGGACGCUCUGGCCAAGGAGCACUCCGUCUACGCCACCAAGGACGGCCGUAUCUCCGUGGCCGGUAUCACCAGCGGCAACGUCAAGCGUCUCGCCGAGUCCAUCUACAAGAUCACCGGUUAAAUGAGCAGCCACGGAGGGGACCAUUUGCUCAUAAAAAACGUAGAUCAGGGAUUGGUGUCCCGUUGUACUGAUAUCCAUGUGUGACAUUAGCAUAUCUAAAGUAUCUAAGCAAGUUUCAACGAUUUGGAUGACAUUAUCGCUGUCCAGCAU